GGUGCAACGGUGAAAUCUGUCCGAUAGAAACGACUAAAAAAUGAAAUUGAACUUUGAGAAGUUCUCCAUUUGAACGUGGUUAAACGUUUAACGUGUAUAUUUUUGUUUAGACGUGGUUUCAAACCAGUUUUAGCAAAGACGAUGGUAUUCUGGAUGUUUGCUGUGUUUUUACUGACAGGGGCCGCCGCGGAGGAAAUGGUGAACAUCCCGGGAGGAAAGAUGUCAAUGGGAACCAGUGCACCCGAUGGGAGAGACGGAGAGUCUCCCACCAAGGAGGUCGAGCUUCAGCCUUUUGAAAUAGACAGACACCCCGUCACAAACGCCGAUUUCAGAGACUUUGUGAGAGCCCAGAAGUACAAAACUGAAGCCGAGACGUUUGGCUGGAGUUUCGUGUUUCAGGACUUCGUGUCAGAAGAGCUGAAGAGCAAAGUCACUCAGAGAAUUGAGUCUGCUCCGUGGUGGCUGCCUAUAGAGCGUGUGUUUUGGAGACAGCCUUCAGGGCCUGGUUCGGGGAUUCGAGAUCGUCUGGACUUUCCAGUGGUUCAGGUGAGCUGGAAUGACGCCCAGGCCUUCUGCAGCUGGAAAAGCAAGAGACUGCCCACGGAGGAGGAGUGGGAGUGGGCUGCACGUGGGGGGCUGCAAGGUCGGACCUACCCAUGGGGAAACAAGUUCCAGGCCAACAGAACCAACCUGUGGCAGGGAUCUUUCCCAGAUGGAGACACUGCAGAGGAUGGAUACCACGGCAUCUCUCCUGUUACAGCAUACCCUCCCCAGAAUAGCUAUGGACUGUAUGACAUGAUGGGAAAUACAUGGGAGUGGACAUCCACACGCUUUUCAGCAGCGAGGCCGAUGUACGUGCUGCGCGGUGCCUCCUGGAUCGACACAGUGGACGGUUCAGCUAAUCACAAGGCUCGAAUCACAACCAGGAUGGGCAACACUCCCGACUCUGCUUCUGACAACCUUGGAUUCAGAUGUGCUGCCAGUGAUGGACAGAAGGGCAGGAAGAAAAAAGAAAAAGCAGAACUAUAGCCUCAGAGGACAGCAGUGUGGAUUUGAGCCAGCAGUGAACAGCCUUUAAUAAUAAAUGUGAUGACUUUAAAGUUUACAACAAGAUGGAAGCAAAGGACUAAAUAAAAAUGAGGAAGAAAUUCACAUUAAACGUGAAGCUAACUAUAUUUCUCCUGUGGAGAAUUUCAUAAAGAAUAAAGGAAAUCUACCAUUAUGAAACAUUUAAUAAAAAAUACUUUUUAAAAUGAUGAAAAAAAUAAUUUAUUGCUAUUUUCCAAGAACUUUCUGUUUACCUGUAACAGUAACAUCAUGCCAGAUGCUAAAUGAUUACACCAUGCAUUUGCUACUUCGCCUUUAGAGGUCGCCACAGGAGAUAAAUCUGCCUCCAUCUCACCCUAUCCCUCACAUCUCUCUAAAUCUAUGAAUCUCCCGUCUGGUCUUCCUCUUUUCUUCCUGCCUGGCACCUCCAUCUUCAACAUUCUUUGUCCAAUAUAUCCACUAUUCCUCUUCUGUAAAUGUCCAAGCUUGUUAUCCUUGCCUCUCAAACCUUUGGCUCCCAAGACACUCAACCUGAGCUCUGAUGUACACAUUUCUAAUCUUGUCAAUUCUGGACACUUCCAACAUCAAUCUAAAAUUCUUCAGCUCUCUCAAAACUACUUCCUUCUUUCUAGGCUGGACUGUUGAAAUUCCUCGUUUUGCAACCUUGCAGUGUGAGUACUGCGAGAUCAUGUUUCUCCCCCGUUAGCUUCUCUUCAGUGGAUCCCUGUGAAUUCCUGAAUUUAUUCCACAUUUAUUCUCAAAAGACCUCAUUGUACUAUAUAAUCCCCACGGAGCACUGCUGUUUGUGCUCCCUCUGUACCCCUCUUUUCUCUUUCUCCUCACUGGUCACAGCACAUGGCUGCCCAUCCCGGAGCUG